UUUGAUUUUGGAAAACAAAACACACUUUAUUAUCAGUUUAAAGAAACUACGAUAUCUCUAAAUAGCACCUUGAAUACAUAAAGUUUUGUACAAAUAUGAAGAAGGCUAUGCUGGCUUUGCAUGUUGUCGGGUUUUUGGUUGUGCUAAUUAUCCACUCUCAAGCAACUUUGGUUCCAAAAACCUAUUACUAUGAGGUUAAAGAAGCGAACUUCACAAGGCUAUGCAAAAACAAGACGAUCUUGACUGUAAAUGGCGAGUUCCCUGGUCCGACUAUUUAUGCUCGUAGGGGAGAAACAUUGGUUGUUAAUGUUAAAAACAUAGGCAACCUUGGCAUCACUAUUCAUUGGCAUGGAGUGAAGCAACCAAGGUAUCCAUGGUCAGAUGGUCCUGAAUUUAUCACCCAAUGCCCGAUUCAGUCAGGAGCCAACUUUAGUCAAAAGAUUAUUCUUUCAGAUGAAGAAGGCACUUUAUGGUGGCACGCCCAUAGUGAUUGGUCUCGAGCCACCGUUCAUGGUCUAAUCGUGAUAUGGCCAAAGAUCGGAAGACCUUACCCUUUUCCUAAACCUUAUGUCGAGUAUCCAAUCAUCCUAGCUGAAUGGUGGAGGCAAGAUGUUGAGGCAGUGUUACUAGAUUUCAUGAGAACAGGAGGAGAUCCUAAUAGUUCUGAUGCUUUAACCAUCAAUGGCCAACCUGGUGAUCUAUACCCCUGCUCAAGUUCAGAGACAACCAAGUUCAUUGUGGAAUAUGGAAAGACUUAUAUGUUCCGAAUGGUCAAUGCUGCAAUGAACCUGUUUAUGUUUUGGGGGAUCGGAGGCCAUGAAGUUACUGUUGUAGGAACUGAUGGAGCAUACACCAAGCCACUUAAGAGUGAUUACGUGGUAAUCGCCCCUGGUCAAACCAUUGAUCUCUUAGUGAAAGCCAACCAACCCAUAGGUCGAUAUUACAUUGAAGCUAAACCAUACAAUAGCCAGCCACUCAUUAGUUUCGAUAACACAAGUACAACAGCUAUUAUUGAAUACAAAGGCUACAAAAACUCAUCAACUCCUCCUAUGUUCCCCCAUCUUCCUAAGGUCAAUGACACUAGUGCAUCGGUUAAUUUCACAGGAAGGCUUAGGAGUUUAGCUAGUCGUGCUCAUCCUAUUGACGUUCCAAUGAAGAUUACACGACACUUUUUGUUCACAAUGUCUAUUAACACAGUGCCAUGCCCAGGUAAUACAUGUUUAGGACCCAGAGGUUUGAGGUUUGCUGCAAGUGUAAACAACAUAUCAUUUAAUUCACCAAACAUCUCGGUCCUUGAUGCUUAUUAUGGAAGAAUUAACGGUGUUUAUGGAGACGAGUUUCCAAAUUUCCCACCUUUAUUUUUCAACUUCACGGCUAGUAAUCUUAGUAGAUCAUUAGAAACUCCACUGAAUGCUACAGAAGCAGAAGUACUAGAGUACGGCGACAAUGUGGAGUUGGUGUUUCAAGGAACUAACCUUGUUGCUGGAAUUGAUCAUCCUAUGCAUUUACAUGGGCAUAGUUUCUAUGUUGUUGGAUGGGGAUUUGGUAACUUCAAUAGAAGUAAAGAUCCAAUGAGUUAUAAUCUGGUGGAUCCUCCUCUUCAACAGACUAUUACAGUUCCUAAAAAUGGCUGGACUACCAUAAGGUUCAAGGCCAAUAAUCCUGGUGUAUGGUUAAUGCAUUGUCAUCUUGAGCGUCAUAUAAGCUGGGGAAUGGAGAUGGUAUUCAUCACAAAGAAUGGUAGCAAGGCAGGUCAAUCGAUAUUGCCACCACCACCGGAUCUGCCGCCAUGUACUUUUAGUACUCUACAUCAUAUGAAGAUAGCCAUGAAUGUGCAUCUUCUAGUUCUAUGGCUCAUAGUGAUUCUUGGUUCCGUUCAAUCACACGCAGCUUUGGUUCGAUAUACGUUUGUGGUUCAAGAAACUAACUACACGAGACUGUGUAGCAGCAAGAACAUUUUGACAGUCAAUGGACAAUACCCUGGUCCGACUAUAUCUGCUCGUAAAGGAGACACUGUUAUCGUUGAUGUUAUCAACCAAGGGACCCAAAAUAUCACGAUUCAUUGGCAUGGAGUGAAACUACCUCGGUAUCCAUGGUCUGAUGGACCCGAGUUUAUCACACAAUGUCCGAUUCAGCCUGGUUCUCGCUUUAGCCAGAGGAUUAUCCUCUCUGAUGAGGAAGGAACAUUAUGGUGGCACGCACAUAGUGACUGGUCUCGAGCCACCGUACAUGGUUUACUAGUUGUGUCUCCCAAGCUUGGAACUACAUUUCCAUUCCCUAAGCCUCAUGCAGAGGUUCCGGUCAUAUUAGGUGAGUGGUGGAAAAAUGAUAUACAAACAGUGUUGGAAGACUUCUUGCGUAGAGGAGGUGAUCCGGCUAUCUCUGAUGCUCUAACAGUUAACGGUCAACCAGGCGAUAUUUACAAUUGCUCUCGCCCAGACACAUUCAAAGUAAAGGUUGAUCGAGGAAAGACGUACAUGCUCCGAAUGGUUAAUGCUGCUAUGAACAACAUCAUAUUUUUCGCAAUCGCAAACCAUCAACUUACUGUCGUAGGUACUGAUGGAGCGUACACAAAGCCGCUAAAAACCAAUUAUUUGACUAUAUCUCCAGGACAAACAAUUGAUGUCUUGUUAGAGGCAAACCAGCCGGCCAACAAUCGCUAUUAUAUGGCUGCAAAGUUCUAUAAUAGCAACCCUCGUAGUCAAUUCAAUAGGAACACCACCACAGCCAUCAUUGAGUACAAUAGCAAAAACAUGACAUCAUCGUCUUCACCCAUUUCACCUACACUUCCUGCUUUUGAUGACCGAAAUGCAUCUUUUAACUUUACUAGUAGCCUAAGAAGUUUAGCAAACAAUGAGUAUCCAAUCGACGUUCCACUAUCAAUCACAAGGAAGUUAAUGUACACCCUCUCGAUUAACACAUUGCCUUGUGCUAAUAACACCGUAUGCGAGGGACCACAAAGAAGGAGGUUUGCUGCAAGCAUAAACAACAUCACAUUUGAUACUCCCAAAACUUCUAUUCUUGGAGCUUACUACCGUAGAAUCAACGGUGUUUAUGGGGAUGACUUUCCUGAUAAUCCUCCUUUUAGCUUCAACUACACGGCGAAUAAUUUGACUACGUCGUUACAAACUCCAAGGAAUGGGACGGAGGUAAAAAUAUUGAAGUAUAAUGAUACAGUGGAGCUUGUUUUCCAAGGAACAAACGUGGUUUCAGGAAUAGAGCAUCCCAUGCAUUUACAUGGACAUAGUUUCUACGUUGUUGGUUCCGGAUUUGGAAACUUUGAUCGACAGCGAGAUCCUUUGAGGUACAAUCUAGUCGACCCUCCCCUUCAGCAGACGAUUGCGGUUCCACAAAAUGGUUGGACAGCUAUAAGAUUCAGAGCAAACAACCCUGGAGUAUGGUUCAUGCAUUGUCAUUUUGAGCGUCAUGUUAGCUGGGGGAUGGAGAUGGUAUUUAUAGUAAGGAACGGAAAGAAUGCAAACGCAAGAAUGUUGCCUCCACCACCGGAUAUGCCAAAGUGUUAAGAAUUACUAAUUGAU